CAGACUUAUUGAAAUAAGGAAACUAGUAUUAAAUUGAAUACAACAAAUUAUUAUUUUAAUAAUUUUUCCAAUUCGAGAGAGACGAGACGCGCGCGCACGCACAACACACCUGUGGCAGAGAGGCAGAAAUCUCUGCAUGGCGGAAUAGUGAGAGAGAAAAAGCUGUGUGGCAUCACAAUCCCAAAGAUCCAGUAAUCAGAAGUAACAACCACUUUCUCUCUCUACAUUACUCCCGUGCUUCUCUCUCUAUAUAUGGUCGGAUUAAAUCUAAAGAUUUUUUUUUCUCUCUCUACAUUUGGCCACAUCCUCCAAAAAUAUCCUCUGUAGUUUUAAGUUUUGCCAACUCGCACUUGUCUUCUCUAUGUGGAGCAUCGUUUCCAAUUCCGAUUCUAAUUCCUGCCGAUUCUGAGUAGAGAAGAUGGAAUCGCCUCAGGGGAAUAGCAGUUCUGACGACAAUUUGGAUGAAUUACUAAUCACUCACACGCCGGAUAAGAAAUCCGACUUCACUUCAUCUAUCCCCACAAGUAGACUUGAAAGGCUUUUAAGAGACAGAGAGUUAAGAAAGUCUAACAAGUUCUCUUCUUUUAACGAAGAAUUACGAGACAGUAAUGGCGAUUUGGACGCAAAUGAGCCGUACCUAUCUGAUGGUGAGAGAGUAUAUAAAGAGGAAGAUUUUGUUGAAGGGAGUACUCCGGUAAGACAGAGGUUACUGGUUGUGGCGAAUCGACUUCCUGUUUCUGCAAUUAGGAAAGGUGAAGACUCAUGGACUCUUGAUGUCAGUGUAGGAGGCCUAGUUAGUGCUCUUUUGGGUAUCAAUGAGUUUGAAGCUAGGUGGAUAGGGUGGGCUGGUGUAAAUGUUCCCGACGAAGUCGGACAGAGGUCACUAACCAAAGCUCUAGCUGAAAAGAGGUGCAUCCCUGUGUUUCUUGAUGAAGAGAUUGUUCACCAAUACUACAAUGGCUACUGUAACAACAUAUUAUGGCCACUUUUCCACUAUCUUGGGCUUCCACAAGAAGACCGCCUUGCCACCACGCGAAGCUUUCAGUCUCAGUUUGCUGCCUACAAGAUAGCAAACCAGAUGUUUGCUGAUGUCGUGAACGAGCAUUACAGGGAGGGUGAUGUUGUUUGGUGCCAUGAUUAUCAUCUGAUGUUUCUACCGAAAUGUCUUAAAGAGCAUAACAGCAAAAUGAAAGUCGGUUGGUUUCUCCACACACCUUUCCCCUCCUCUGAAAUUCAUCGCACGUUGCCGUCAAGAUCGGAGCUUUUGAGAUCUGUUCUUGCUGCUGAUUUGGUUGGAUUCCAUACCUAUGAUUAUGCGAGACAUUUCGUAAGUGCCUGCACUCGUAUUCUGGGACUCGAAGGCACACCUGAUGGUGUGGAAGAUCAAGGAAAACUGACUCGUGUGGCUGCGUUCCCCAUUGGUAUAGAUUCUGAUCGAUUCGUUCGAGCUCUUGAGCUGCCACAAGUAAAGGAUCACAUCAAAGAAUUGGAAGAGAGAUUUGCAGGGAGAAAGGUAAUGCUAGGGGUUGACCGUCUUGACAUGAUCAAGGGAAUACCCCAAAAGAUUUUGGCAUUUGAAAAGUUCCUUGAAGAAAAUCCGAUUUGGUGUGACAAGGUAGUGCUAGUACAAAUUGCUGUACCAACAAGGACAGAUGUUCCCGAGUACCAAAAGCUGUCAUCUCAAGUUCAUGAGAUUGUUGGAAGAAUAAAUGGAAGAUUUGGAAGCCUUACAUCCGUUCCGAUACAUCAUUUGGACAGAUCUCUUGAUUUCCACGCAUUAUGUGCACUAUAUGCUGUCACUGAUGUUGCCUUGGUUACAUCUUUAAGAGAUGGGAUGAAUCUUGUGAGCUAUGAAUUUGUGGCCUGCCAAGCUGUAAAGAAAGGCGUCCUCAUUCUGAGUGAGUUUGCUGGGGCUGCACAGUCUCUUGGUGCUGGAGCAAUCUUAGUAAACCCUUGGAAUGUUACAGAAGUUGCUGCAUCAAUUGGUUAUGCUCUGACUAUGCCACCCGAUGAAAGAGAAAAGCGACAUCGCCAUAAUUUCACCCAUAUUACUACUCACACUUCCCAAGAAUGGGCCGAGACUUUUGUAAGUGAGCUUAAUGAUACAGUUGUCGAAGCACAGCUAAGGACUCGGCAAAUUCCACCUUUACUUCCUACAGGAGAGGCCGUUGACCAUUACAUGUGCUCAAAUAACCGCUUACUCAUUCUGGGUUUUAACGCAACACUAACAGAACCUGUCGACACACAAGGAAGAAGGAUUGAUCAGUUCAAAGAAAUGGAGCUGAACUUACAUCCGGAUUUGAAAGAGCCCUUGAAAAAACUAUGCGAUGACCCAAAGACCACAGUGAUUGUUCUUAGUGGAAGUGACAGAAAUGUCCUUGACGAGAAUUUUGGAGAAUAUAAUUUGUGGUUAGCAGCAGAACAUGGUAUGUUCCUGCGCCUCACCUCGGGAGAUUGGAUGACCACUAUGCCAGAAAACCUAAACAUGGACUGGGUUGACAGCGUCAAGCAUGUUUUUGAGUACUUCACUGAGAGGACCCCACGUUCGCAUUUCGAGCUUCGGGAGACUUCACUUGUAUGGAAUUAUAAGUAUGCAGAUGUUGAAUUUGGGAAGCUUCAGUCGAAGGAUCUGCUACAGCACCUAUGGACAGGCCCGAUUUCGAAUGCUUCUGUAGAUGUCGUUCAAGGAGCGAGAUCUGUUGAGGUUCGAGCAGUUGGAGUAACCAAAGGUGCUGCAAUCGAUAGGAUUCUAGGGGAAAUAGUUCAUUACAAUGCCGUCAAAACUCCAAUCGACUACGUUUUGUGUAUCGGCCAUUUCCUACCAAAGGAUGAAGAUAUUUAUACAUUUUUCGAGCCAGAGCUUCCAGUGGGGCCCCCACCUACUACGAGGGGUAAAAUAGCCAAUUCACUCAACAGAUUUACUCCGAAUUCGCCUGGGAUGUCGGCUUUCUGCCGCAAAGCGCCACCUGUACCUUUACCGGGGCCCGAUAAGAGAGCGAAUAGUUUCUUGGGAAACGGGAAUUGGUGGUCUAGGAUGAGGGAAAAGAUGACUGUGCAUGAAGGGUCUUCGGUUCUUGAUCUCAAAGGUGAGAAUUACUUCUCGUGUGCUGUAGGGAGAAAACGGUCAAAUGCGAGGUAUCUUUUGGGAUCUUCGGCUGAAGUAGUCUCUUUGCUGAAGGAGCUAGCAGAUUGUCAGCUGUGAGAUUGUUGUCUAAUUUUAUUUUUCUUGUUAGUUUUUAUUUAUUUAAAUUUUGGUUAUGAGGUAAAAAGUAAACAGGGGAGGGGCCAAGGUAAUGAUCUCACCACCUCCAAUAAUGCAGUAGUUUUUUGCUUAAGGUUUUUGAUAGUUGGUGAGUUAAUAAUUUUAUGUUCUGAAAAAUUAUUGUUAUAACAUCAUAUGCGAUUGGAAUUCGGCAUCGGGGCCGGACUCCCGUAUUUUUAGUUUAUCAGACCUAUAUAGACCAAAGGGUCGCAACCCGCAAAAUGGGCCACAAGAGUCGGAAAUUCACCACAUUGGCUGUAGGAAGUCAAGUGGGUCAAGAGCUCGUCGAGAUGAGACGCGGUAGGUGACGAACUGAUCCUAUGACUGUUAGACGAUACAAUCUAAGCUUUGAUAGAGAGAGGCAAUAGGAGAAUCGAGAACGACCACUUAAGUCGGUACUUUUCGUUGACUUUGUCGCACCCACGAUUAUAAUUAUGAGUUUGACAUUUAUUUAUAUAU